CGUAGGCUGCCAAGGGAGAUUCACAUUAUCGUUCAUCCGUGUUUCUGACCUUGACACUUCAACAUCGUGCGCGUUCAUUCGAAUCAUUUGCGCAAAUUCGCCGGCUGUUGUAUGCUGAUUGCACCUACUCGACGGUGUCUGUCGCGUCUUCCACCCUUCAAACACCUUCCUUCUCGCCACGCCUCCUUGCUUCUAAUACCACGCCUUCACUGCAAUAUCAUCCGAGCCAGAGCUCACUCCACCGCAACCAUGGCUUCAGGCGCGCCAUCUCAAGCCUCGAAGCUUGUCCCAGGCGAGCCAGAUAAAGUGGUAUGUCAGCCAGCCUCACGGCCACCAAGGUGCUUUAGCCCAAGGCUGGAUGAUUAACACGCGGCAGAUGGUCAUUCGCAAAGUGGUGCCCACCAUUCUCACCUUUUCAACCCCCUUUGACCGCUUCGGACGAAUCAAACUCGGUGGCCGUGGCACAGUCGUCAAACUCGCCGACUCUUCUCUAGCCGUCUUCUCCCCUGUAGCUCUCACCGACAUCGUCAAAGCCAAACUACGGGAAGAACUCGGCUCGACGAACGUCAAGUACCUGACAGCCCUGGACCAAGAACAUCACAUCUUCCUCGAAUCAUGGCACAAAGAAUGGCCGGAUGCGAAGAUCAUCGCCCCCGAAACCCUCCCGGCCUACCGCGACAAGCAGGACUACAACAAGCUACCUGAGUCAAACUGGAACCUGAUUAAGAAGGCAGACAAGUCAAGCGGCCUGUCCGUCGACCCAACCUUUGACGCAGAAUUCGAAAUCGAGUACGUCAGCGCACACGCCAACCAGGAACUCGUCUUCGUCCACAAGCCCACCCGAACACUGAUCGAAGCGGAUCUCCUGUUCAAUCUGCCCGCCACGGAACAAUACUCUCGCACAGGCAAGAGCGCGACUUCGGGUGUACUGACGAAAUUCUUCGCCAGCCUCAACGGCACGCAGGGUACUGCGAUCUGGCAGAAGCGCUUUCUCUGGUAUGCCAUUUCGGCUGGCGACCGACAAGGCUUUUCACAGUCUGUCAGCCGGAUUGCCAAGUGGGACUUCGAUCGAUUGAUUCCUUGCCAUGGAGAUGUGAUUGAGACUGGUGGCAAGGGCAUCUUCGAGAAGGUGAUGGAGUGGCAUUUGAAAAGUGCACAGCAGUCGGGGAGUUCAUGAUGGAUGAGAUGUGGGCCGGGUAGUGUGUACAACUUGAGCCUUUGUUUCUGUAAGACGUAUUGGAGUACGCGGUUCUAAUAGUGAUUAAUUGCGUCAAUAAGACAUCAACGAUAGAAAUAGUAUCGCAGACCAGUAACUCUUGUCUGGGCUGCCUGUCGACGAUAUGCCGG